AUCAACAUCUAGUCGACCACUGGCGUUCGCGAUCGCAGCAGCAUUUUUCGAUAAAUCUGAAAACGCGCAAAACCACACACGUUUCGCAGAACUCUGUCUCCUUGUUUUUCAACGAGAUAAUAUAUAGUGACUUUUUGAAUGGUUAUUGCUUCGAGUAGAUCACUAGUUCACAUUUGAAAAAAGUGCACGCUUGGCAGCUUUUGUUGUUUCUUGGGAAAAUUAGCGUAAGGCAACUUACGUCUAGAAGGUCAUGUCAGCCGUCAACGAAAGCAAGAUAAUCCACAUCAAAGAUGAAGAUCUACUCAAGAAAAUGUGGCACGAAACCGAAGAUUUUGGAAGGAAAAAGGAAAUAAGAGCUCACAUGUAUAAACUGAGAGAGGAAAGAUUGAAAGAUUUAUAUUGUAACUCCGACGUUAAAGACAUACACCUGAUCACGAACAAGAAGACUUCUUUCAACCAAUCUAUGCAUGCUGAUGCUCUGGCUGACCAUAGUUUUGCCAGCUUGAAAAGGAAGGAGAUAAGAGAUUCUGAGUCGCCAACUAAAGAUAUCAGCUAUAGAAUGAAAGGUCCUUCAAUCAACGAGGGUUGGAACAUAUCCAAGAUAGAAGAACACAGCCAGGAUGGAAAAAACCAUAAAAUUUCACAGAGCGCUCACACAUCUGGCACCGAAUACAUCCCACAAGGAAAACUGGACUUCGAGGCUAAAAACAACCAAGAGUUGACGACAUAUCAUGACGGCGAUGAUAAAAACUUCGUCAAAUCCCAAGGAACCUCUUCGAACAGCUUCAUUCGCCAAGAAGCGGUUGGUGGUGAUGGAAACAGUAGUUUCAGAACGUCUUCUUCGCAAUCUAGCAGUUCUUCCCGAACAGUGACUGAACAGAAGUCAACCUAUGGUGAUGCAAUAGAUUACCCGAAACAAUCGAUGAUUGAUCAUGGAGGAAACAGCAACAAUUUUACAUCUUCGACUAGUGUUAAUACUUCAAGAACAGAUACUAACAAGGAUGUUGGUGAUUACACUAGAAAACAGGUAAUACUAGAGUCUGCUAAUAGAGACGAUCAGAAUAAUUACAGGACAUCUUCAACGAAUGCGACUUCUUCUUCGAAGAUAGUGACUGAGUCUCAGAAAUCCCAGGAUGAUUAUUCCAGGAAACAGGUAUCUGAUAGCGAUAUCAUCGAUAGAACAACAAAAGUAUACACUACUGACGCUCCCAGAGAGUUGAAAUCACAUCCAGGCUAUGUGGAGGGACGCACCAAGAUUACCAGAGAAACCAAAACUCUGGCAGAUGGAACAGUUGUGACCACAACCAAAUAUGAAACUAAAGGCGUUGAUGAAGUGAAAUCAGCAUCCUCAAACCAGUACAUCAGCUCUUCCAGUACUUUCCAGGAUAACAAAUCCAAUGUUAUCACAUCGAAAUCCCACAAUGAAAACUUCUCAACUCAAAAAGUCAUUGAAGAUCGCGACAAACCCUCUACCAAACACCAACCGAAGUCUAGAUACUACGUGGAAAAAACACACACCAUCCCUGAUACUACAGAGAACAUACACCAUAACAUCCAAUCCCGAAGAGAAUCUAACGUUUCCGAGAAAAAAUUCGACACCACCAAGAACUUCCAAUCGCAUGUAGAUCAGAGAUACGAGAUUAUCAAUGAUCUAACUGAAAAAAGGUUGGAUACGAAAAACACUGAGAAUGUGAGAAAUCAGACAACACAGCACAUAGAGCUCGAAGAUUCAAGUAAUCAAAGGAAGGAAAAUGUCAGAAAAGAAACUGUUGAUAGAAAUAGGGUACAACAAAAAACGGUUGCAACGCAUGAUGUGAAUUCAGUUCCUUUGGGAACUCCGAUCGAAAUCGAAAUAAACCUAACAAGAAUAAACGAUAACCAAGAGUUUAAGGGACGAGAACCUCAAGUUGGAAAACAAGCAGUACCAAAAUCUGCGCCCGAGAAUGUGUACGAUACUCCGAAGAGGAGGGAACCCAUAAAACAUCAGGAUGAAAUCACGACCAAACAUAAGAUUACAGAUGGACAAUAUGAUACCACCUACAGGACGGACUACACAACCAAGAAGAUCAGCGUGGAAGUAAGUCCAACCCACGAUGCAUUCGCGAGAUCCUUGAGAGCUGUUAGUCCUGAUAGACUCAGUUCUAGAACCAGCAGUAGGAAUUUGAAAAGCAGCAAUUCGUCUCUGAGAAGUAGCAGUAGUCCUGAGAAGAGCUACACAGACAGAAGACACCCUCAAAGGAUGUCACCAGAUAGAUAUACGAACGGAAGGUAUCACUCUCCUACGAAAAAAACACCUGAAAAAUUCUCGAGUACUGAGACGAUAACAUACAAAAGUGUCUCGAGACCUAACACACAAAGGAUUUCACCUGAUAAAUCUCAAAGGAACAAACAUACCAAUGAGAUAAAACUAACAUCUAACAUUUCAACAUCAACAAAGAAGACAGAAAAAACUGAUGACAAAACAUACAAAAAAUCACAGUCUCCCCCUAAAAAUACACCACGUACUUCAAUUCCCAACAAUGAACAACGUACCAAUGUAUACGAAAUCACCACUGAUUUAGAUGAUAAUAUUUCUACCUACUCACAUUCCACUGUAACAACGAGUAAGACAGAUAAACGUAACUCUAACGUCGAUUCCAAGACUGUGGAAGAAUUCUACAUUAACGACCGAAAUAAACCUGUUAACGAAAACCAUCCAACAAAGGAGACUCCAAGAAAAGAUAAGCCUAUAGACAGACCCUUGAAAAGAACGGACACUUACGAAGAGAGAUGUCGCCAAAUAUUGGGCAUAACGAGCGACUCUAAUGAAAAACGUAGAAGCAGUCUCGAGAAAUUGAGGAAAAGAGGUUCCACUGUACAAUCACCUACAGAUUCACCAACCAAAACAUCCCACGAAUCACCUGAAAAAAAACCUCAUGAAUCACCAAGGCAGAAGAGUCCCACCAAACAGGGAGUUCCACUUCAAGAAUUUCCUUCUCAAAUAAGAAGAUCGCCUGAAAAAUGUUCCCCCGAAAAGAGAACACCCAAGGAACCUUCUCCCACUAAAGGCAGAAAGCCUUCUGUUGAGGGAAAAAACAUCCAGGAAUAUCCAUCGCAAACUCGUAAAACUCCAGAAAAGAAUGAUAAUACAAGCUUUCCGAGAAGAUCUUCGGACGUCCGACAAGAAAGGAAACCAUCUAAUGAAAGGAAGCCAAUUCAAGAAUUCCCAUCUCAGAUUCGUAGGACUCCAGAGAAGUAUCCUCCCGAGGACCAAAACGUUACUCCAAAACAUACAGAUAGCGAAAAACCUUCCACUCAUCAAAAACCACUUGGGGAGUAUCCUUCUCAAAGGCAUAUGUCCCCAGACAAGAAACAAAGUCCAAGUAGAAGUUCGCCAAGAAAACCUAAUGAAACAAAUCAAGAAACAACUAACGUGGAUAUAAGUUCUAGAACAACAUCACAACUCAUCAUGAGAGACGAAUCAGAAAACAAGAACCAAGCGACAUAUUCUAAAGACAAUAUCCGUAUUCAAACUGCUAGUAAUACGAGUGACACAUCCUAUGAACAACCUUCGCCAACGAAACAUCUUCCAAGAAAAUCCCUAGAGAAAAUAGCUCCAGCUGGCUCUCCUGACAAACACCAGAGAACUACAGAAGUGACCACAACCCUUUCUUCAAGUCUUAAAAAUGAAAAUAUAACUAACAUUACAAGAAAUGAAUCACUCCCUGAUGAUGGGAUACCCUCUAUUGGUAAAGAUAGGUCCAAGAAACCUUCUCAUAAGGAGCCCACAACCACCAAACAUAAACCCAACAACGAUUCAUCAAGUGAGGAGAAUGACAUAGAGGUAAACCAGGUGAAAAUUACCGAACAAGUAAUUUACGACAUUCCUAGAAGUGCAGUCCACAAGAUAUCGUCUGAUGAAGUCAAAACAACAGAUGAAGAAAGGAAUACUAUAAUUUUAAGAACCAAUAUAAACAAACAACAGAAUGAAUCGAAUAUGAAAACCAUAACAUCAGAUUUUAUUUCUGAAGAAGCACAAAGCCUUCUUAUUGAAAGUGCAAUAGAUGAACAGGAUGAUACAGAAACACCUCUGAACACAAAAAGAGGCCCGAAAGACGACAAAUCACCGAAGUCAUCUCAACCUAUUGACAAAAAUCAGACAAAAUCAAAACCUUUCAAUUUACAUGACGUGAGAACUGUUGAACAAAUAGACAUUGUAGAAGAUAUCUCGAUGAACAAGAAUACUGCAACAGAAGAAAAAGUGACGAAAUCGAAGACCGUUGGAGAAUUAGUUGAGAGUUUCACUUUGAGAGAAGAAGAUAAUAUAAGAAAACCAUUUGAGAAACCCAGAGAUAGUUAUCCAAAUUCUUGCCCAAUGCCGAAAAAAUCGAGUCUAACUAAAAAAUAUGUUAACAUGGUUGAUGUGGAAAAUUCAAAAAUAACAACCAAUCAGAUUCAAAUCAAUGAAACAAUUAAGCAAAGUUCAACCGACAGCAAACAACCUAUUCAGCCAAAAGAUGGAAGACCAUCUUCAAAUGAAAAACCUCAAAAGCUGGACGAGAUAGUGAAGCCCAACAAAUAUGAAGAUAUUGAACUGAAGAAAGGUUCGUCCAUUAACAGAACUCCAACGGAUAAAGAUCUUCAAAAACCGUCUCCACAGAAGACUCAAAAACCUGAUAAUGAGAAAGAUGCAAAAGAAUUGGUGGUUGAAACAAGAUCUGAAUUUACUUUAGUGAGUAACAAACCAUCCUCUACUUAUAUACAGAAGACAAAUUCUCGAUCUCCAUCUAGAAAACCAUCAGAGGAGAAAGUUCAGAAGAGCUCUAAAGAUUCUCCUCAUAAAAGACCUCAACAAGACGAUAAUUUGAUGGUUAUUGAAGUUCAAGAAACUGUAACAAUAGAGAGCGAUGAAGAAAUCGAUGAAUCAAGGCAGAUGUUUCCAAGUGACUCUUACCCAUCCCAAAUAUCUAAAAAGAUUGUUCACGUCCAAGAGGAUAAGGAAGAAUAUGAAAAUUCUGAAGAAUCUGGACACGAACUUACUGAAAUCGAAUUCACAACAAUCAAACGAAUUCCAAAUAAGGAAUCUAAUGAACCUUUGAAGAAAUCUCCGAACAAACAUCAACCCCAAGAAACAAAAAUGCCUCAAAAAUACGAUAAGAAUCAGAAACGCGAUGAUAAAGAAAUAAAACAGAAUACAACGAACAAAACAGUUGUGCAGAAACGAAUUCACACCGAAAACAUAUCGAAGGAGAAAGAUAUCAAGACACUUUCACAGAGGACUCCUAGUGGUUCUUCCUUAUCGAAGAAACCUCUUAUUCACCAAAAACUCAAUAAGAAAGAGGAGGUGGAUGUGGAAGUCAAAAAUAAAGUUUCAACUGUGAGAAAAUCAUUCGAACGGAAGCAGACAAAAUCUGAUUCAGUGAGAAAAGAGAAUGCGCCUCAUGGCAGGCCCAUGAAUGGUGUACCUUCCAAAGUUCAUCCUUCUCAUAAACCAAUAUCUAAGAAACCCCUGGAAACUGUUGAUAAGAAUAAGAAACCUAUCAAAGAGACGCCUUCCAAUCUUGAUUCAGAUAGUAGUGAAGCUGAAGAAGAAAUCCAUACGAAAAAACAUGUCCUAGAAACAUAUGAGGGAAGAACUCCUGUUGAAGAACCGUUAAUAAUGAAGAAAACCGUCAGUUUACUCUACAGCGAUGAUGAGGAUGAGAAAAAGGCAACUCAGUUAUUGAUUGAAUCAGAAAUCACUGAAAUCCAACCAAUAACUGAUCAGAAAAAAGAUAGACCCACUAAAUCGACUAAAAUGACAACAACCAAACUAAUCAACAGUGAGAAGAACGAAAGAACUGUUCAGAAGACCAAACCAUCCCAAAAAACUCCUCAUCAGACCAACAAUAUGAGUAAAAAACCUGAAAUCCCAAAACAGCCAUAUUUAACGAAUGGGGUAAAGAAAGAUACAAUUAAGAAAGAAACCAAGCAGAAUACUCUGAAAGAUAUAGAAACAUUCAAUACUGUAAAUGAAGAUAAAAAGAUACUCCUGAGGUCCAAUAGGGUCGAUGAAACAGUGAAUAAGAAGAAAACGUCUGUUAUGACUACUCAUGGUAAUACACCAAUAAAUAAAUCACCCGAUACACCAAAAACAGCAAAUGGUGUACCGAAGAGACCAUCUUCACGACAAACUGUAACAAAUGAAAAAAUCACCACAAGAGUAACAACCAAAACCAAGGAGCCAGCCAAACCAACACAGAAAUCAAACAAACCAUCUAUACCUCAGAGGAGUACAAUGACUUCAACAGUUUCAUCCAAAACUAAAACAGAAUCGAAAACGACAAAGACAAAUGCUGUGAAAUCGAACAUCAAACCUGUCGAAUCUAAAUUCAAACCAAAACCCAAGAAAAUCGAGGAGCCUGAAGAUUCUGAUGAAGAAUCACUCGCAGAUAGUUUGGACGAAAGUGUAUACAGUUCGAUGAAUGACUUAACGAGUACCACCCAGAAGACAGAAAUCCAAACAUACACUUCUGAAAACAUCGAAGAUUUGGAAAAGCAUCAAACCUCAUCUGUGAAAAGUCAAUUUAAAAGUGUUGAUAGGACAGAAAAAGAAUCUGAAUCAAUAACAGAAAAGAAGCACAAAGCAACAAAAUCAAUCAUCCUUAACAAUAAAGAUAGGGGUACUGUCGAUCUUCAAAGAUCUAUAUCGUCUCGUGAACCAACGCCUGAUAGGAUGUGUCCACUUCCCGUAACCUCAGAUGAAGAGGGAAACGCACCAAGAUACCCUGACAAAGUUGUUGAACCUGAGGAAAGUUCUCCUAAAAAGAGAUACAACAGAUUAUUCGAUACUUCAAUCCACGAAUAUGGCGACAUUCAGUCGAAAAAAAUCGUGGAAAUCAACGAAGAUUCGAAUCAGAAAGCCAUCGACAGGGUAGAUAACGAUGAUGAAAGUUUGCUGACAGUUAAUAAAAAAAUCAAUAAAUUUUUGAGUACCGCUGAAAAGUUAACAGAAAAGUCAGUUGUUGACAUAAGCCAACCAGCACCAAAGGUUCAUCGGCCUAAAUUCGAGGUGAACGAUGAUUUGAAGGAAGAUGAUUGUCUCUUGAGCGUAUCGGACAAAGUUCAGAAGUUCAUUACAGAAGCCGAACAUCUAACGACGUACAAAGAUACACAGCACAGGAAAUCAGUGAAUGUAGAGGUUAGAUCAGACGUUGUGGACAAAAUCAACCAAUUCACUUCACCACAACAUCAAAAGGAAGCAAACCUUUCACCAAGAAAAUCAUCAACACCCAAAAAUACACUUCCAUCAUCCUUCGAAGAAACACACCCAGAAAGGAAAGAACCGGGAAAGACAACCAUUCCAAGCCAAAUCAAACUGGAUCAAGAUGUAUUUAUCACAACAGAAUGUGCAGAAAUAGAGAAAGAAUCCGAUUUUUUCAGAGCAUCCAAGAAUAUUCCGAAGGACACCAAGGAAAAACCAGAAGAACAUGACACACCCAAAUCCUCCCAUGAAUCCAAAUCGAAAAAAACGGAGAUAAAAUCGACUACGAAGAAAACCUCUGUUGAAACAGACGAAUUCAGUUAUGAAGAUACUCAGAUUUCUGAGCAAACUGAUGAGACUCCAACGAAACCAAGGAAAAAUUCUUUGAAAGAAUUCACUCCCAAGAAUAGACGGCCUUCCCAAGAAGAAAAGGUCAUUUUGAGCUCAGUUGGUAGACUGAGAAGUAACGAAAGUAUCAAAAAAGCUAAAGCUCUCUUUGAUAAUACGGAAAGUAGUACCAGGGAAGAGAAAAGGCAAAUAGAUAUUCUGAAUCGCCCGUCUGUUCUUGAAGGCAGAAGCAAAACUGUUAAAGAAACACAUUCUAAGAAAGUUAUUGACAGAAACAACGUUACGCCUAAGAGAUUAGAUUUCACUACUGAAAAAAGAACUGAGGAUAGACAGAUCAAAGUCGAAUCACAUAAGAGACAGAGUUCAGAGAAAGAUGUUCCCAGAUAUAUGAAACCUUUGGAUCGACAAUCAAAACCUGAAGAUCACGAACAUCCAAGAAACGAUCAUCCAAAUUAUAGUGGAGAUAGGCUAGGAGAUUCCCAUGAAAAUCCUGGAUAUAUGAAACCUUUGGAUCGUUCUCACAAACACCCACAAGAAAGUGCAGCACCAGAAUCUCAAGAUCAAAGAAAUACUCCUAAACAUUCUGUUCAUGGCUAUGAAUCUCACAAACAUUACACGUCUACAGAUUGGACCUACAAAUCUUCAGACACAACGGAAGAUAACACACCGGUAUACAUGAAACCUCUAGAUCGUACUGACAAACAUCAUCACUCUCAAACACUUUCGAAUUCGGAUUACCAAGAGCACAAAUAUGCACCUAGCCAUUCGGUACCAGAGGAUCACAAACGUAGGCCUUAUACUUCGAAUGAAGAUGAUACUCCAGGCUAUAUGAAACCAAUAGAUCGAUCUCAUCAGCACCACCAUACAUCUUCAACUCCAGACUCUCAAGAACACAGAUCUCGUCCAAGACAUUCUGCUCCUGAAGAUGACAACCGUAAGCAUCAUUCUUCUACUGACUGGACAUAUAAAUCUGGUACCAAUGAAGAUGAAAUUCCAGGCUACAUGAAACCCUUAGAUCGUUCAUCAAGACCUCAGUUUGAUUCAAGGGAGCCAUCAAAAUCGCCAGAAAGACACACUAGUUCAGAAAGAUAUCAUGAAGGUGAUAAACCUGGCUACAUGGAACCUCUAGAUCGUUCAUCAAGACCUCAAUUUGAUAGAAGGGAACCAUCGAAAUCACCUGAAAGACACACUAUUUCAGAAAGAUAUCACGAAGGUGAUAAACCUGGCUACAUGCAACCUCUGGAUCGUUCAUCAAGGCCUCAAUUUGAUUCAAGGGAUAGAUCUAAAUCACCUGAAAGUCACACUACUUCAGAAAGAUAUCAUGAAGGUGAUAAACCUGGCUACAUGGAACCUUUAGAUCGUUCAUCAAGACCUCAAUUUGAUAGAAGGGAACCAUCGAAAUCACCUGAAAGACACUCCAUUUCAGAAAGGUAUCACGAAGGAGAUAAACCUGGCUACAUGCAACCUCUGGAUCGUUCAUCAAGACCUCAGUAUGAUUCAAGGGAUAGAUCUAAAUCACCUGAAAGUCAUACUUCAUCAGAAAGAUAUCAUAAAGGUGAUAAACCUGGCUACAUGGAACCUCUAGAUCGUUCAUCAAGACCUCAAUUUGAUAGAAGGAAACCAUCCAAAUCGCCUGAAAGACACACUAUUUCAGAAAGAUAUCACGAAGGUGAUAAACCUGGCUACAUGCAACCUCUAGAUCGUUCAUCAAGACCUCAAUUUGAUUCAAGGGAUAGAUCUAAAUCACCUGAAAGUCACAAUACUUCAGAAAGAUAUCAUGAAGGUGAUAAACCUGGUUACAUGGAACCUCUAGAUCGUUCAUCAAGACCUCAAUUUGAUAGAAGGAAACCAUCCAUAUCGCCUGAAAGACACAGUAUUUCAGAAAGAUAUCACGAAGGUGAUAAACCUGGCUACAUGCAACCUCUAGAUCGUUCAUCAAGACCUCAAUUUGAUUCAAGGGAUAGAUCUAAAACACCUGAAACUCACACUACUUCAGAAAGAUAUCAUGAAAGUGAUAAACCUGGUUACAUGGAACCUCUAGAUCGUUCAUCAAGACCUCAAUUUGAUAGAAGGGAACCAUCGAAAUCACCUGAAAGACACACCAUUUCGGAAAGGUAUCACGAUGGAGAUAAACCUAGCUACAUGCAACCUCUGGAUCGUUCAACAAGACCUCAGUAUGAUUCAAGGGAUAGAUCUAAAUCACCUGAAACUAAAGAUCGGUAUAAGAAGCCACACGGUUAUAAACCCUCUGAAAGCGGCCCUGAAGAAGAUUUGCCUGGAUACAUGAAACCUUUGGACAGAUGUGAUAGAUCUCGCAGUCCAAAAAAAGAUACUGGUGUUGAGAAAAAACCUCAAGAUACUUCUGGUACACCAACUAAGUUUGGCGUCACUUUAAAGAGGACUGACUCUUCUAAAGCCGUUACUUCUCCAAAAACUACAACAGAUAAAAAACACCCACUUCUAUUGAAGAAGCAAAUUACAGAAGAAGAAAUCGAAGAAGUCUUUGACUUGGAAGUACUCGAGGAAUUGCUCUUAAAGUUCACCAUUUACGAACUACGAAGGAAGAUCAGAACUCAAAUCCGAAUUGUGAAGAAACUUAUAUCCGAGGGCAAAUUGGAAGUAACAAUACAGAAUAUGAAAAACAGCAAAAAGCAUACAGAGCACACCCUUCAAACAAGAGAAAAUACCAAAAAAACGGAUCAACACUCUAAUGUUAAUUCGAAAAACGCCAAUUCAACAAGGAGAAUCCAGGAGAGUCAAUCUGUUGAGAGGAAAAAUAAGCAAGAAUUUUCCGAAUAUACAGUAGAGUCUUCCAGAAAAGAAUCAUUCAGUUCAACGUACACAUCAGAAAGGCAAGAUUCAAGAAGGAGUAAAACACCUGAAAAAAAGAUACAGGAAAGAAGGACUUCCAAUGGAACAACACCCGAAAGAGCAUCUCCGGAAAGGAAACACUCUUCAAAGCCAAGUUCAGAGAGGAAUAUUGUUGAAGAAAGAACCACUUCAGUCCAGGAAAGAAGAACUUCCAGUAGACCAACACCUGAAAGAGCAUCUCCAGAAAGGAAACACUCUUCAAAGCCAAGUUCAGAGAGGAAUAUUGUUGAAGAAAGAACCACUUCAGUCCAGGAAAGAAGAACUUCCAGUAGACCAACACCUGAAAGAGCAUCUCCAGAAAGGAAACACUCUACAAAGCCAAGUUCAGAGAGGAAUAUUGUUGAAGAAAGGACCACUUCAGUCCAGGAAAGAAGAACAUCCAAUAGAACAACACCUGAAAGAGCAUCUCCAGAAAGGAAGUAUUCUUCAAAGCCAAGUUCUGAGCGGAAUAUUGUUGAAGAAAGAACUACUUCAACCCAUUCAACCUACACCGUCAAAGAAAAAAACAAAACCGGUGAAUCAAAACCACCCACAAAGACCUCAUCCCCAAACAUAUUCAAUUCUAGCUUGAAAAAGACCGAACCUAAAGUUAAAUCACCAACAUCAGCUCCUCAACCAGAAUGGAUAACCCAGAGAAAUUUGAAGAAGACUGGAACUAAUGAGGUGGUGAAAAAAUCGUCUGUGUCCUCUAGUAGCAGCACCAUCAAAAGGCAAAAUAUAAAAUCUACAAGUACUAAAGAAUCUGAGUCAACUGAUUUGAUUGCAUCCAGCUAUGGAAUAGGUCCAACUGAUGAAAAUGGGGCACCACUCUUCGGAUUGAGGGCCCUGAGAGCUCAAAAUACUAAUGGUACCACUAAAGUUCAAGGAACAGUUAUAAGCAGCCAAUACUACUCAGAAACUGGUAAAGAGCCUGUUGGUCAAAUAAGUGUCACUAAAUACUCUUCUGAUCCAAGAGAUCUAGGCUCAGAUGAACAUUCAACACGAAAUGGCGAUAUCUUGAGUGUGACAACAACCCAAAAAUAUGGAUAUGAUGAUACCCCUUCACUCAAACAACUAACAAGUACUGAUCAGGAAAUCUGUGAUUCAAGAACUAACAAACGCAAAAGUAGCACCAAAACAUCGACAAUUACAAGGAAGAAUUCCGUCAAGGCAUUGACACAAAAAUUCGUUGAAAAUGCUGUUGAAGUAUCGAAAAGUGAGCGGCAAUCAACCUACCCAAAGGCAGGACUGAUUUUGCGAAGCUCCAGUUUCAAAAACGAGUCGGCGACAGAAGAUGGUUACAGUGAAAUUUCAGCUGAGAAGAGAAUGGGAGAGUCAGUAUCCAUAAAGACAUCACACUCGAAAUCAGCAUCAGGUGGAACUUUUCUGAGGAAUAAGUCCAAAGUUACCGAUGUACAAGAUGCAAUAACAAGAAUGAAAGCAGAAGAUAUCCAGCAUGGCGAUACUGAAGAGGAUAUCGAAGCCAAAGAUCUCUUAAAUAAGUAUUUAGGGACACAAGUCAUUCUAUCUGGCAUAGAAGGGCAGGUUUCGAGAACAGGAGCAUCAACUGAAAAAGCCACAUCAUUCUCCACAUCAGCGAAAAGCGUUAGCAGAAUCACCACCGUAACAAUGGAAAACGGUAAAGAAGUUACCAGAACCCGUACCUUCGAGCACCCCCUUUCUGAUGAAGUUCUAGAGUCUGUCUGGGACGAACAAACUUUGAGAUAUUUGCUUGAUCAAAGUACAGACUACGAAGAAAGGAAAAGAUUACGAGCAAGACUACGCCUUAUAAUGGCCGAACAAGAAGCUUGUACUGAACUCGUCAAACAGGCAAGUCAGGACCAAAGCAGCCAAUCAAUCGACGAAACUAUUGAGACCAGCAAGGAAGUAGUUACUGAAGGGCCUGUUACAACCACCAAAGUUACAAGAGUCAGCACACAACAACAUGUUUCAAAGAAACCAAUGUCACCUUUUGCCAAAUUCCGCCAAUUGGACAAACAGAACAGUCUCAACACACCCCCAAGUACACCUCGAACGCCUGGUGGCAGUCCCCUUUUUAAAUUCACUGAUGCGGCCCUUAGCCAAAGCGCCAGCACCAUCAAAGACCGACUUUUAUACUGGUGCAGGAUGAAGACGAAGGAAUAUGAGAACAUCCAACUAGAUAACUUCUCAAGCAGCUGGGCUGAUGGACUGGCAUUCUGUGCCCUUAUACACCACUUUCUACCAGACGCCUUCGACUACCAUGCACUCACACCAAAAGAACGCAGACACAAUUUCACGCUUGCAUUCAAAGUGGCCGAUGAGAAAGCAGAUAUUGCACCACUUUUGGACGUUGAUGACAUGGUAGCUACAUCGAGACCUGACUGGAAAUGCGUGUUCACUUAUGUUCAGUCAAUAUAUCGCCGAUUCAAAGAUGAGGAUUGAAGUGGAUGUAUUGUGUUGGUUUUAUACUUUUUUACUUUUUUAUUUCACCUGAUGCUUUCAAAUUCGAAUACGCCAAAAAAAGGUCGCUAAAGUUCCUCCUGCAAGAAGUAUAUCUGCUGUGAUAAAAAAGCAUCAUUCUGGAUUAUAAACUGAAAAUGAAAUCACAAUACGUCGUACAAUUUCUAGUCAUGCGGAAAAAGUCUGUUUAAAUCUUGGUUCUUCAGUUUUGCUUCUUUAUCAAUUCAUAUAGGUGAUAUAUUAUGGAUCUGCCCAGCUGUUUGUUUUUUAUACUUAUUUUAUAUAAAGUUUUGCUUUCAAACUAAUUCCAUCUAUACUCAUAUAGAAAAUUCAAUGGGUUGUUACUGCUGCUGCGAUAGGACUAAUGUGAGGAUAAUAAUAUUGUUCAACCCAGUCCACAAUGUUCUGCAUUAAAACAGUUUUACUAUGUAGUUUACAUAUUUCUAAUUGUAAAAAUUGCUAUGUGCCUUAUGGAUAUUUAUAAUAUUGCUGUGUAUUUUAUUUUGUAUACAAUUAUAUAGAUUCUAACACUGUAACAAAUAAAAUAAAAUGAAAAAAGUUA